GCGGUUUAGGGGAAAUAGGGUAACGCGCACAUCAGACCUAUAAAAAAAAUCUUGAAAAAGAAAGGCGAAGUUUCUACUGUUUUACGGACUCAAAACCUGGAAAUAUUUAUCUUCCCAUGGAUUUUUCUAUAUUUUAAAGUUUUUCUCCCCCACCGGUGCAAUUUUGUUGCAUUGGGGCUAUACACACAAAAGCAACGCAAACUCUCGGUGCGGUGGACAUCCGAGGCCCGAGGUCAUCGGCUCGCUGCGUUGGACAGAUCAUCAUUUUAAAUGUUCGAAAAGGAAAAGAAAUUUAAAAGGGGAAAAUCCGCUGUGUUUCUCUCUUAUUGAAGGAAUAUGUUUGCUUCCUGGCUCACUUUUACACUUCUUUGGGGAACUUUUUGUGCAGGACCAAGCCAUGGAGAGGCCGAGACCAGGGAGUGUGUGUUCUACAACGCCAACUGGGAAAUCGAGAAGACCAAUCAGAGCGGGCUGGAGCGCUGCGAGGCGGAGAAGGACAAGCGGCUGCACUGCUACGCGUCCUGGCGCAACAGCUCCGGCACCAUCGAGCUGGUGAAGAAGGGCUGCUGGCUGGACGACUUCAACUGCUACGACCGGCAAGAGUGUGUGGCGACUGAGGAGAACCCACAGGUGUUCUUUUGUUGCUGUGAAGGAAACUACUGCAACGAGCGGUUCACUCACCUGCCUGACGUCAGCGGUCCUCCAGUGAAGAUCAGGCCACCUCCCCCCACGCCCACUCUGCUCAACAUCCUGGUGUACUCCCUCCUCCCCGUCUCCGUCCUCUCCAUGGCCCUCCUGCUCGCCUUCUGGCUCUACCGUCACCGCAAGCCGCCGUACGGCCACGUGGACAUCAACGAGGACCCCGGCCCACCUCCUCCUUCUCCUCUGGUUGGCCUGAAGCCCCUGCAGCUCCUGGAAAUCAAAGCUAGGGGGCGCUUCGGCUGCGUUUGGAAGGCGCAGCUGAUGAACGAAUACGUGGCGGUGAAGGUCUUCCCCAUUCAGGACAAGCAGUCCUGGCAGAACGAGCGGGAUAUCUUCAUCUCUCCGGGGAUGAAGCAUGAGAACCUGCUGCGCUACAUUGCGGCCGAGAAGCGCGGGAACAACCUGGAGAUGGAGCUGUGGCUCAUCACUGAGUUCCACGAGAGGGGCUCCCUGACGGAUUACCUGAAGGGCAACGUGGUGUCCUGGAAUGAUCUGUGUCUCAUCGCCGAGACCAUGGCCUGCGGGCUGGCCUACCUGCACGAGGACGUGCCCCGCUGCAAGGGCGAGGGUCCCAAGCCCGCCAUCGCACACAGGGACUUCAAGAGCAAGAACGUCAUGCUCAGGGUGGACCUGACGGCCAUCAUAGGGGACUUUGGGCUGGCUGUCCGGUUCGAGCCGGGCAAGCCUCCUGGGGAUACCCACGGACAGGUGGGGACGAGGCGGUACAUGGCACCGGAGGUGCUGGAAGGCGCCAUUAAUUUCCAGCGGGACGCCUUCCUGAGGAUCGACAUGUACGCCAUGGGCCUGGUGCUCUGGGAGCUGGUGGCUCGCUGCACGGCUGCUGACGGUCCUCUCGAUGAGUACAUGCUGCCCUUCGAGGAGGAGAUCGGGCAGCACCCAACCCUGGAGGAUCUGCAGGAGGUUGUUGUCCACAAAAAGAUGAGGCCGGCUCUGAAGGACUGCUGGCUGAAGCACGCAGGCCUGGCACAGAUGUGCGAGACGAUCGAGGAAUGCUGGGACCACGACGCGGAGGCUCGGCUCUCCGCAGGCUGCGUGGAGGAGCGCAUUUCCCAGAUAAACCGGCUGACCAACGCCACUACCUCGGACUGCCUGGUCUCCAUGGUGACCUCUGUCACCAAUGUGGACUUGCCACCCAAAGAGUCCAGUAUCUGAGUCCGUCAAGGAGAGAAAAAAAAGAAAAACGACGACAUCUAAAAAAACAAAAUAAAAACAAACAAAAAAAAAAGCUAACAACAACAGCAACAAAAAAGCUAACCCUCGUCUUUCCGAGACUCGGUGGAUCUCAGU